GUUGUUGCUAGUGGCCACACACGCGUCGGGACCAUCGUCCUCAUAACCACGCGCGUCCUCACCAACCCUGCCAUCAUUCUUGUCAUCAUCAUCAUCAUCGAAGCGGUGGGCUCAAGCAGCCUUGAACUCAAGAGACGGGCUCAGGCCCCGCCGAAAGGCAGCCGACCCGUCUUUCCAACCUCCCGCCAACCGCUCCCCAUGUUCCAGUCCUUGACGCCCCUCCUCCGACCUGUGCUGAUGUUGGCGUUGGCCAACUUAUGUGCCCAUGCUGCCCUGCUGCUCUACCGGCCUGGACAGCGUGGAGAACGGGGCCAGCUGGAGCUGGCGGAGGAGUACAGCGACGACCACAUGGCCCAGGGGUUCGUGCUCACCAUGCCUUUCGUGCUGCCGUGCGUGGAUUGUUCCCUUCUCCUGCUCCUCCUCCUCGUCCCCCUCCGUUUCUUAUUGCUGUGCCUCGCCCUCCUCCCCCACAUUUUGCCUCCCCGAAUCCCUCCCGCUUUUCUUAUCAAUAUAAUUGUUGUGAUUGUCCUCGUUCUGGUUUGGUUCAUCCUUGCUCCCCCUCUCGAGGACGAGGGUUUCGACUUCGAGCCCAGCCCCGUGCCCUCCAGCUUCCAGAUCGUGGCCGACAGCGCGUUCCCAGAGCUGUCCCAGUCUGCGGAUGACUCCGGCUGGCAGGUGACCGAGGCCCGCGGCGUGCUGAUCGUGAUGAAGGACAGGCUGGAGGACGCGAAGGCCCUGUACGUGGUCCAGGAGGAGGAGGAGGACGAGAGCCUCUUCGAGAGCGCGGACGGCACCAAGUGGCAGGACGGCGGGCGCGAGUCGGAGCUCGACCACGGCGGCGGGCACUUCAUCAUCCAUACCGCGGCUCCUUCUGCCACGAUGGGCCACGGCAGUGGUAGCGCGGAGAACUUCGACACGGCGGCUUGGGAGGGACAGCUGGGCGCGCAGGGCGGCACUCGCAACCCUUCUGGCAUCGCAGCGGGUGUUAGAGCAGCGGAUGGCGCCACCGAUGGCGCGAUGCAGAUCUUCGUGAAGACGCUGGCGGGCGCGACUAUCACACUGGACGUCAAACCCCAUGACACAGUCGGCACCGUCAAAUCGAAGAUUCUGGAUAGGGAGGGGAUCCCUCCGGACAUACAGCGCUUGAUCUUUGCUGGGAAGCAGAUGGAGGCUGAGCCCCCGCCCCCGCCACCCACCACAGAGUUCAAGUGCGAGUAUUGCGGCAAGAGCGGGUUCACCAACAAGGCGGGCUUCAUGGGGCACGUGUCCACCGUCAUGG